CUUGCAGAUCAGUUCGAAGGAAGAGAUGGCACAAUCGAUUACUCUAGACCAAGCGACUAAGCUAGACUCUGCAGUCCGAGAGCUCAUCACAACCUAUGAAGAGCUCAAUCCAGCUCUGGUUGAUGAAUUAUGGGAAGAGCCAAGUGCUCUCGAGUUCAUGCAAUAUGUUGCGAGAAACCGGCCAUUUGUUGUAAGAAAAGGUGCCCAAGACUGGACUGCUGUUCAAAAGUGGGACUCGCAUUACCUUCUCAAUGUUCUUGGGGAUAGCCUCGUCAAUGUAGCCAUCACGCCUUUCNNGGAUGCAGUGCUGAAAGAAGAUGAUGGUUCAUUAUCCUACGUCAAGCCACUCGAACGCCUUGAGCCUUUCGACAAGGUUAUCCGCUACAUCGCAGAACAAGAAUCAAAUCAAUCAGAGCCUACGCCCAUCAAGUAUGCUCAGACGCAAAAUGACAACCUCCGCAACGAGUAUUCUUCCCUNUUUGAGGAUGUGCCUUCUGACAUACCUUUCGCCCGGAUUGCCCUUCGCAAAACACCAGAAGCUGUAAACUUCUGGCUCGGCAACAGUCUCUCCACCACCUCUCUCCACAAAGACAACUACGAGAAUCUCUACGUCCAAGUGCGGGGCCAGAAACACUUUGUCAUCAUGCCUCCCACAGCUGCCGCUGCCGUCAAUGAGCAGAGUGUUCACGGUACAACAUAUAUCUCGACUAACAAGGACGACACGGAAGAGUUGAGAGUACAGAAUCUAAAGCAUGUGCGUGAUGAGCCUGAGCUCAUUGUUCCAGUGCCAACUUGGGAUCCGGACUUUCCUGACGUUAGACCGACGCCAUAUUCAAGGCUCGUCAAGCCUUUGCGUAUCACGCUCAAUGAGGGAGACAUGAUAUAUCUACCUGCCAUGUGGUAUCACAAGGUUGGGCAGAGUUGUGGUGAUGAAGGCUACUGCUGUGCUGUCAACUAUUGG